UUUUGUAUGGUAGGGAACUCUUAUGUACGGAGACAUUGAGGUAUGUGAUUGCUUAAUCGAUUUUUUUAAAUAGUAUUUAAGAAGUCGUAAUUCAGAAUAUGUAAUAUUAUCAUACCUUUAGUAGCACGGUGGUUUAGUUACAUUCAGAGGAUUUGUUGUCAUGGAGGAAUAUGCCAGAGAACCCUGUCCUUUUAGGAUUGUAGAUGAUUGUGGUGGUGCUUUUGCAAUGGGUUGCAUAGGAGGUGGUAUAUUUCAAGCCAUAAAGGGCUUUCGAAAUGCUCCAUCUGGAUUCAAUAAGCGCAUGGUUGGAAGUUUAACUGCUGUGAAGCUCCGUUCUCCAGUGAUCGCAGGAAAUUUUGCAGUUUGGGGAGGAAUGUUUAGCACCAUUGAUUGCACGUUAGUACAUUUUCGGAAAAAGGAAGAUCCAUGGAAUUCAAUCAUUAGUGGAUUUACAACAGGUGGAAUUUUAGCUGCUAGAAACGGUAUACCAGCAAUGGCAGGAAGUGCUAUAAUCGGUGGAGUGUUACUGGCUUUAAUUGAAGGAGUUGGAAUUUUAUUUACCCGUCUUUCUGCAGAACAAUUUCGAAAUCCUACACCACCAAUUGAAGAUCCGAUAGCACUAGGCGAUGCUGCACAAUCUUUAGGUUUUGGUCAAACCCAUCAGCAUCAAUCACAGUAUCAGUGAAUACACGUUGUAAUAUGUACAGGAUUCUUAUUUAUACAUAUGCGUUGUAACAUAUUUGUGAACCACGUGCAUAACGGUGUAAAUUUAUUUUUAAUAGACCAUAAUAUUUAGCAAUUGUACAAUUUCUGAAAAUUACGUUAUAUUAACAUUUAAAUCUUAUAUUUCAAUAGUCAUUUGUAAUAUUCUGAUGAUUAUGUGAAAUAAAUUUAAAUUAAAUAAUGA